AUGGGGUCUGUCCAACCAACAUGGCUGGAGGUCGCAUCCGAAAGGAAGAGAAAAAUUGAAGAAACGAUACUCUCAGAAUGGCGAGUAGGGGAGAUCAAACUUCAAGGAAAUUAUUUUGUUGACCUUCCAAGAGAUUCCGGAUUGCUGUCGGAUAAAGAGCUGCUCAUUACGGAAUUGAGCGCUGUUCAGAUACUUGCUGCAAUUCGUGAGCGAAAAUUUACAGCUACUGAAACAACAAUAGCUUUCUGUAAACGAGCAUCUAUUGCACAUCAAGCUACAAAUUGUCUUGCUGAAACUCUUUUUGAGGAGGCUCUCCGGCAAGCAGGAAAAUUGGAUGAAUAUAUGGCUAUUCAUGGCAAACCAAUGGGCAUGCUACACGGCCUACCAAUAUCUGUCAAGGAGCAUAUCAAAAUCAAAGGGACAACAGCCACUUCUGGCUUGAUUGCAUGGGCUAAUGAUGUCAGCGACGAAGAUGCGUUGAUUGUCAAGACGUUCCGCGAACAGGGGGCGAUAUUCUAUGUCAAAACAACCAAUCCACAGACUUUGAUGGCUCUCGAGACGAAUUCAAAUCUGUUUGGACGUACAACAAACCCGCACAACACAAACCUAACGUGCGGCGGAAGUACCGGCGGCGAAGGUGCACUUUUGGCAAUAAAUGGUAGUCCGCUAGGUAUUGGUACCGAUAUUGGGGGCUCAAUUCGAAUUCCAAGUGCCUUUUGUGGCACAUACGGCUUCAAGCCAACCAUUGGCAGACUUCCGCACAGCGGGCUGACCGGUCUUCACGAUGGGAUGCAAAAUCUUGUUGGAGUUGUAGGGCCUUUAGCCCGAAGUAUCGAAGAUUUGGAACUGUUUUGCGUGGCUGCUUUAAACCACGAGCCAUGGAAGUAUGAACCUUCACUUAUUGAGAUGCCCUGGAGACAGGAGACCCAAGCUCCGAAAGUAUUGAAGAUUGGCGUCAUAUGGUCCGAUGGGGUAGUGCAGCCACAUCCUCCAAUUACACGCGCUUUGAAAGAAGUGGUCUCAGCUUUAACAGAUGCUGGACAUUAUGUGAUUGACUGGGAUGCGAGUCUGCACAGAGACCUACAUGAUGUCACAAAUGAAGUGUAUUUUCUCGAUGGCGGAGCGGAGUAUCACGAGAAAUUGGAUGAAGGCAGAGAACCUGCAGUACCGAUUAUAAAGUGGCUAUUGGAUGAGAAAGCCACUAGACAUUACACCGUUGAGGAGACUUGGAAAGUCAAUAGGGAGCUAGACAGACUGAGAACGUUGUACGCUCACCAAUGGAACACCUCAGAUGUCGACGCCAUACUUUGUCCAGCACAUGCUUCCGUUGCAUCUGUUCAUGACGAGUCAAGAUACUGGGGAUACACUUGUGUUUUUAACGCGCUGGAUUAUCCCGCUGCCGUUUUCCCAGUUGGGAAAGUUCAAAAGACUGACACUUGGAACUCAUUUGCUCCAGCGUCGAGUGAUCCUAUGGGAUCUUUGGAUGAGUGGUAUAGGAAUUUAUAUGGCGACAUCGAAGGCCCAGCGCGAUUUGAGGGCGCGCCUGUCUCACUUCAGCUUGUCGGAAGGAAAUUUUCCGAUGAGAAGUUGUUGCGUAUACUGAGCUGUGUUCGUGGUCUACUGGAUAACAGGCCAUAG